AUGUGCACCCCAGGAGCUCAAAUACUGACGGAAGCUGGAGCAUCCUCUGGACCCAACCCGACAACAUAUGCUCAGCCAUUGUUUCUAGAAAGGGCAUCGGAGUUUGUGGGUACAAAUAGCAUUUGCACUCUCGGAGAAAAUAACAGGCCGAACUGUGGAUGCCCUAACCGAUACACCUUGGUCGAUCCCAGUGAUGAGCCCGGUAAUUGCGCACUGAACUUCACUUUGAGCUCUUGUUUGGAAGAUGAGGAUAAGCGGAACCAUGGUUCGGCCGAGGACAUCUACGCUUUCGUGGAGCUGAAGAAUACAGGUUUUCCUCCGGCCACUGCCAGUUAUGCGCUUUUGGCGCCUUUCUCUGAGGAUGAAUGCAGGAACUCGUGCUUGCACGACUGCAUGUGUGCGGUGGCUAUUCACCGAGACGGCGUGAAUUGCUGGAAGAAGAAGCUCCCUCUCUCCAAUGGGAGAGUCGACCCCACCUUUAAUGGGAAGGCCAUGAUCAAAGUCCCGAAAAGUGACCUCCCUCUACCUCCCACGAACGAUUCCAAUUCCAAAUUCCCAAUCCCAGAGCGGAAGGCGAAAGAGAAAAAUCCCAGGACUUGGAUUUUGGCAGGAUCAUUGCUCUUGGAAACUUCUGUUUUUGUCAAUAUCUUCUUCAUUGGUGCGAGCACUCUGGGUUUUUGCGUCAUCUACCGCAAGAAGCCUGAGAAAAUAAACCCUAGAGAAACUCUAGUGGAGACGAAUUUGCGGUUUAUUCCUAGUGAUGUAGCAGUUGCUGUGAAGAAGCUGACUAACUUAUUUCAGGACAAGGAGAAGGAAUUCAGAACCGAAGUGAAUGUGAUCGGUCAGACCCAUCACAAGAAUCUGGUCAGGUUACUCGGCUUCUGCGAUGAAGGGCAAGAGAGGUUACUGGUUUACGAGUUCCUGCACAACGGCACGCUGUCGAGCCUUCUCUUUACAGGUGAAUCCAGACCCAGCUGGAACCAAAGAUGCCAAAUCGCUUCAGCAAUUGCCAGAGGACUGCUCUACUUGCAUGAAGAUUGCGCUAUGCAGAUCAUCCACUGCAACAUCAAGCCACAGAACAUCCUCCUCGAUGAGUACUACAACGUGAGGAUCUCCGAUUUCGGAUUGGCCAAGCUCCUGAAGAUGGACCAGAGCUAUACUCUCACAAACAUCAGAGGAACAAGAGGGUAUGUCGCUCCGGAAUGGUUCAGGAGCUUGCUAAUCACUGCGAAAGUAGAUGUUUAUAGCUAUGGGGUGUUGCUUCUGGAGAUAAUAUGUUGUAGGAGUUGUUUGGGGGGCGAAAUGGGUGGAGAAAGAGAGAGGGAGCUCUUGACUGAUUGGGCUUACGAUUACUUUAUGGAUGGAAAAUUGGAUGCUCUCGUGGAAGGCGACAUUGAAGCUUUGAGUGAGAAGGAGAAGCUGAAGAAUUUGGCGAUGGUUGCGUUUUGGUGCAUACAAGAGGACCCAUCGUUGAGGCCAACUAUGAAGAAGGUGACUCAGAUGCUGGACGGAGCAGUGGAAGUGCCGGUCCCUCCAUGUCCAUUCGAUUUUAAUGGUUGCACCACCGUCAUUACUCAAUGAGAGCUGAGCUCCAAGCUCUGAACUUUAAUCUGCUUGUGCUGUGACGAGCAUACUAUACCCCACCGCUUGUUUUGCAGCUUGAAGUGUUGCAUUUUGUCUUCUGUGCAGUGUUUUGACUCUAAAACGUGCAGCAGAGUGAUGCAAGUUCUUUUUCAAAUGAGUAUUGC